AUGGACAAGGAUUAGGAAACAAAAAAGUUACACCCUUAGAGUGAAUUAUAAAAUGUAUAAUGUAAUUCUUCGACUGAUGUAAAAUUGGAGGAGAUUGAUUCAUUUUGGAACUACAAUCUUAAGUAGAAUGGUUCCGUUAAUAUAGAGGAUUUAUUCUAAAUCUAAGCAGAGGACAAUAGUACUCAGGAAUAAAUAGCUUCAAAACUAAAAUUAUUCUUGAAACCUCAAAUUGAAAAUGUAAUUGUUAACUUCAUGAUUAGUUUUUGAAAGUGAAUCGUAGAAAUGUCAAACUAAUUAAAUAUCCAAGGACUUAGUGGAACUCCAAUUUAAGUGUUUAGACUAAGGUGGUCAAAUAAUUAUAAUCUUCAGAAUAAUAGGCCCCAUAUUUUCCUCAUGAUAAUUAAGCUAUUGUUCACAACAUUGCGCCAUAAUUAAUACAUCAAUAUACAAACUAUUUAAAAAUAGAUCAAAACAUAAAAGUAAUAAUUGUGUAUAAUAUAGAGACAAGAAACCCAAGAUCUAAAUUUUAAGUACAAUUUUACUUCAGAAUUAAGAGAAAAAUAUAAACAUGACGUUCUUAAAGUAAAUAAACAAUUGUGGAGAUCCCCAGAAGGAGUCAAAGAAAUGAUUACCCUUAAUAAAAAGUAUGCGCUCAAUCAAAUGGACUUUAGUAAGAUUAUUAUAAUAAAUUCUAGUUUAAAUUUAUUCUCAAUAUUUAUAUUUAAUUGAAAAAUAAAAUAUAUCAAAAAUAUCUUUGGAAGAAAUAUAUGAGUACCUCUAAAAAUAAAUAAUUAAAAAGAAUGUAACUAUAGAAAUCAAUUUAAAUUCAUUAAUAUAGAUCUAUUUACAAUUAUAAAAUAAUCAGUUCUCUGAAAUAAAGCAAACAAUAUUUUAAAAAGUAAAUCUAAUUCAAUAAUUUGAUUUGACUGCAAUUUAGAAUCUAUCCUUUAAAUCAUUUAGAACAAACGAAUAUCUUUAAAAAGAUUUUGCAUUUAUUUGCAACUCCUGCUCAUUGUACAAAAAUAAAUGUAAAUGUAAAUUUAAUAACCAUUUGGCUUAAAUAAAAAAUUUCUUAGAAUUUUGUUGUAUCUUAAAUUAAAAACCAAACACAAAAAAACCAUAAUGGUGUUUAGAUGUGAUAAAAGCUAAUGCUUAAAACCAAUGUGGAGACAGAUGUUACAAAAAUAAGAACAACUUUGAGUUUUUAAGAAAGAAACCAAAUAACAAUGAAUUAAACGAAGAAUUUUAACCUAUUACAAUUGAUAGAGAUCCAUGUUUAUUGGCUCAAAUCUAUUAAUAGGAUUGUAUCUCAAUUUUCACUUAAGCUAGAUAUAGAUAUAAGGAAAUUAAAGAAUAAUAUUUAUAAGCACUUAAAUAGAUUCAGGAAAAUCAAGACAAAGCAGCUCUUGUGAAUUAUCCAUUUAAUAAUGCAAAUUUGUAUAUUCCAUGUUGUCAUCAAUAAGACUUCAAAUGUGAAAAUUGUAAUUGUGAUCAUUUUUGUUCAAAAUAUUGUGACUGUCAGCAAGAUUGGUGUUCAAAAAAGCUAAAAGGAUGUGCUUGCAAAGAUAGAUGCUCAAUAGAUAGCAAAUGUUCUUGUAGAAGAGACAAUGUAGAAUGUGAUCCAUUAGUAUGCAAAUGCUGUACUCUCGAUUCAAAUUUAGUUUGUUCAAACACAUAGAUUUUAAUCAACAAUGUCAAACCUACUUUAUUAGGAAGAUCAGGAGUAUGCAAUGGAAUUGGAGUAUUUGCAAGGAAUUAUAUAAUGAAGGAUGAAUUAAUAAUUUUAUACAUAGGAGAAGUACUAAUUGAUGAUGAAGAUGAAAUUCGAGAUCAAUUUGAUGAUACAUUCACAUUUUAUAACUAUUCUUUAAAUGAUGACAAAUAUUCUUUGGAAAGUAGAUUCUGUGGAAAUGAAAGCAGAUUCAUUAAUCACAAUAGCUCCAAUUUAAUGAAUUGUAAAACCAGACAAAUAUUUUCAUCAGGUAUUUAAUAAUACUAAAUUUAGGAAAAUUUUAGUUAGCCAUCUAUGCUCUCAAAGAUAUCUAUCCAGAAUAAGAGAUACUGUUGAAUUAUAAUGAAGGCGAUCAAAUUAAUAGAGACCUGAAUAAUUGGGUUGAUAUCAACACUCAGUACUGGAAUUAUAGGUAAACUACCUUAAUUGGAAAAAAAUGA